GCUUGUUGGGGUUGGGGAACUGGGGAAGGGGAGGAGGAUCAAACAUUCAGCCAAAAAAAAGACCAAAAAAGGUUAAAAAGCAAACACUUUCCAUGGCCUUCCGGCUAUGUUCCAGAAAGGCCACGUCCCUUAACCUAACCCACUUUUUUCCUCAUGAUGACUUAUGGGGUUGUCGGUUUUUAUUUUUUUAUUUUUCUUAAUUUUAAUAUCUAAUAAUAAUAAUAAUACUAAGUUCUUCACCAACCAACCCAAUUGACUGAGUUGAUCCUACGAAAUGGAGAAAAAAAAAGCAAGUAAAGAGACAGAGUUAAAAAAUAUUGAAAUAAUAUACGUGUAACCUGCUGAGAAUUCUAGCGUCUAAUCGAUCUCUGAGUUGACACUUCAUCAUUAAUCCUCAUGACACCUAUUUGUCACCCACAACCACUUCAGCUACAGGCUUACAACUUUCAACAUUUUCUAACUCUCUCUCAAAUUCAAACCAAAGAAACUGGAAAAAGAAGCUAAUAUGUAGAACCCAUACAUGCAUGCAUGCAUAGAUGACAUGCAUGCCAUGAAUGGAUGCUAGAAUAUCAUCUGAGAUUUGAGAAUAUCUUUGAGGUCACUGUCCAUGGAUGCAAGUAGGUUGUUGUUUUAUCAUCUGUCAUAUAUAAAAUUAGAAGGAGGAAAGCAUGGUAAGUACAGAGACCCAAAAGCCGCACAUUGAAUCCUCUUUUAUCUUUAUAGAUUCUUGAUUCUAUUUUAUUUUAUCCAUUUUUCACACCCACCACACUUGGUUGUUGUCUAUAUAUCCAGCAUUUGCUUCUCAUUUUGCUGCAACCUUUCAUCCUCGUGGGUUCUCUGAGUUCACUGGCUUUUCUUGUUCUGCAAUUCUGUUGAUUACUCUUUUCUUUGUUCUGUCUUUUUUAGAAUCACAUAUUUCAGAACAGAAUUAAGUUUGUUAAGUUUUUCCUUUCUAGUGGGCAUUUGAUUUUGAUCUGAUUUUCAAAGAUUUGGCCCCCAAAAUCAGAAGCACUGCUUCAUACAACGGAAGUUUUGGGUUCCUUUUUAUUGAACACAGAACCAAGUUUGCUUUGGCUUUGUAUCUUGAGUUCUCCUGAUUUGUCAAAUCUUUGUUGUUCCCCUAUUUUUCUUUUUUCUCAUGGCACCCCCUAAUGAUCCUGUUAAGUCAAUUUUCAGUGUUAUUGGGUCUGAGAGUCCUGUCCAAUACUUUGAUUUGUCGAAUGGUAAGUUCAGUAUUAAAGGUGUACCAUUGCUCUCUGAAGUUCCCAGCAAUGUCACUUUCAGUUCCUUUUCAUCUAUAUCUCAAUCCUCUAAUGCUCCACUUCACCUGCUCCAGCGUGUCCAGUCCAUGUCUUAUAAGGGUGGGUUUUUCGGGUUCGCUAAAGAGGAGCCUUCUGAUAGGUUGAAGAACUCCUUGGGCAAGUUCAAUAAUAGGAAUUUUCUUAGCAUCUUUAGGUUCAAGACAUGGUGGUCUACCAUGUGGGUGGGGAGUUCUGGCUCAGAUUUGCAACUGGAAACUCAAUGGGUUCUCUUAGAUGUUCCUGAAAUAAGGUCAUAUGUCCUCAUUUUACCCUUGAUUGAGGGGAGUUUUAGGUCUGCUCUUCAGCCUGGUGUUGAUGGGCACACCAUGAUUUAUGCAGAGAGCGGUUCUACUCAAGUGAAGGCAUCAUCUUUUGAUGCCAUCGCUUAUGUUCAUGUGUCUGAAAAUCCCUACGACUUGAUGAAAGAGGCUUAUAGUGCUGCUAGGGUCCAUCUCAAUACCUUUCGGCUCUUGGAAGAGAAAGCAGUUCCACCACUGGUAAACAAGUUCGGUUGGUGCACCUGGGAUGCAUUCUACUUAACUGUGGAUCCUAUCGGCGUAUGGCAUGGGGUGAAUGAAUUUGCUGAAGGUGGUGUUUCGCCAAGAUUUCUCAUUAUUGAUGAUGGCUGGCAAAGUAUCAACAUAGAUGGCGACAACCCGAAUGAGGAUGCAAAAAAUCUUGUUUUGGGUGGGACUCAAAUGACUGCCAGGCUCUACCGGUUGGAUGAAUGUGAGAAGUUCAGAAGGUACCAGGGUGGGUUGAUGUUGGGACCUAAGGCUCCUUCUUUUGAUCCAAAGAGGCCAAAGAUGCUGAUUGCAAAGGCGAUUGAGGUUGAGCAUGCUGAGAAGGCUCGUGAUAAAGCAAUCAAUUCUGGGGUCACUGAUCUGUCUCCAUUUGAUUUGAAAAUUGAGAAGCUGAAGAAAGAGUUGAAUGAAAUAUUCGGUGGGGAAGAAAAUAGCACUUCAAGUGAGAGUUGUAGAAGCUGUUGUUGCAAGGUUGAGAACAAUGGAAUGAAAGCUUUUACUAGGGAUUUGAGAACUAAAUUUAAAGGUUUGGAUGAUAUAUACGUCUGGCAUGCCUUAUGUGGUGCUUGGGGCGGUGUUAGGCCGGACUCUACUCAUCUCAAUUCCAAGGUAGUUCCCGUUAGAGUCUCUCCUGGACUUGAUGGGACAAUGAAUGACCUUGCGGUGGUGAAAAUUGUUGAAGGUGGAAUUGGGCUUGCUCAUCCUGAUCAAGCUGAUGAUUUCUAUGAUUCAAUGCACUCCCACCUUAACAAGGUCGGGAUUACAGGAGUUAAAGUGGAUGUCAUUCAUACACUUGAAUAUGUGUGUGAGGAGUACGGAGGCCGGGUUGAGCUUGGAAAGGCUUAUUACAAGGGGCUGAGUAAUUCCAUUUCCAAGAACUUCAAUGGAACUGGGAUCAUAGCUAGCAUGCAACAAUGCAAUGACUUUUUCUUCCUAGGGACACAGCAGAUAUCUUUCGGAAGAGUAGGUGAUGACUUUUGGUUUCAAGACCCAAACGGGGAUCCAAUGGGGGUUUAUUGGUUACAAGGAGUUCAUAUGAUCCACUGUGCCUACAACAGCAUGUGGAUGGGUCAGAUCAUACAGCCAGAUUGGGAUAUGUUCCAAUCUGACCACCUUUGUGCUAAGUUCCAUGCUGGAUCAAGGGCCAUAUGUGGAGGCCCUGUCUACGUGAGUGACUCAGUUGGUGGCCAUGAUUUCGAUCUUAUAAAGAAGCUUGUGUUCCCUGAUGGUACCAUUCCCAAGUGCCUGCAUUUCGCUCUCCCAACAAGAGAUUGCCUUUUCAAGAACCCUCUCUUCGACAGUAAAACCAUUCUCAAGAUUUGGAACUUGAAUAAGUAUGGUGGUGUGAUAGGAGCUUUUAACUGUCAAGGAGCCGGGUGGGACCCCAAAGAGCAAAGGAUCAAGGGCUACUCAGAGUGCUACAAGCCAAUGUCUGGUUCAGUUCAUGUUACUAACAUCGAAUGGGACCAAAAAAUAGAAGCAACAGGGAUGGGUGAAGCCGAAGAAUUUGCUGUCUAUCUUGACCAGGCUGAGGAACUAUUCCUAGUGACCCCUAGAUCAGAUCCCACUCAGAUCACCAUCCAACCAUCUACAUUUGAGAUAUUCAGCUACGUGCCAAUCAAAAAGCUUGGCCCGACAGCCAAGUUUGCGCCCAUUGGACUUACAAACAUGUUCAAUAGUGGAGGGACCUUGCAAGAAUUGGAGUAUAAUGAGUCAGGAGCUGAGACUGGUGUUAAAGUCAAAGUUAAAGGAGGGGGGAAUUUCUUGGCCUAUUCAAGUGAGAAACCAAAGAAGUGUUAUUUGAAUGGCACUGAAGUGGGCUUUGAGUGGGGGGUUGAUGGCAAACUCACUUUAAGUCUCCCUUGGAUUGAAGAAGCCGGUGGCCUUUCUGAUGUGGGUUUUCUCUUUUGAGUUUGAUUCUAGUUAGGUUAGACUGAUUGAUUACCCAGAAAAUCAGUAAUUUUAGUUUUCUCAAUGCUUGGAUUUGGUUGUGGGUUUUUCAGGUUCCGUGUUCACUGCUAAUCAACUUGUAAAGGAUGCAUUCUCAUCCUUCUCCCUCUAGUAUGUCAGGAUUUAAUUCCUGAGUUAAUGUAUUUCUGCUUGAAACUUAAAUGAUAUGUUAUUGGAGAUUAGCUUUUUCA